CUCUGAAUGUAAAGCGACUGGCGUGAAACUCAAAUCACUGGCGGGAGCUUAUCGUUAGCCACCAGCACCGCGAGCUCCCUCUGAUGUUACCGAAUACGGCAUUUAUUCUCUUUUAUUAACUUCUGGUUAUAUCGGUUCAAGAAAGUUUAAAGGUUUGUUUGUAUUAUUGGUGAAGUGAGGAUUUCAACUUAAAAGACUGCGACGAAACUCGCCGAGGAGGAGUGAACAACUUAACAGCUGGAAGAUGAUUCUGAAAGGGCAGAAACGGAAACUCGAUCUAGAGGACGUGGAGGUCUCGGACCCGAGGAGCCCCAUGUGGGAGAGCCAGCGACAGUUUGUCUUCUCCGUGUCUCUGAACAAGUAUCAACGCAGCCAGGAGCUGCCUGAGCCCAGCCUGCGUCGGUCUGUUCUGAUAGCAAACACGCUGCGGCAGAUCACCCUUGAGAAAAGCGGGUUGGCCUGUGAGGACAGGGACGAGGAGCGGCCCUCCUCCGACCCUUCGAGUAGACUGGUGGCAAUAGAGCGAGAAAGUAUUUUCUCUCGGUCAAAGCCUAACGCUGCAUUAAUGGCCUGUGAGCCUGUGGCUUCUUUAGACUGCCGCCAUUCAGGCGAAUCAGGCGUUACUACGGCAGCAGGAACCGACGAUGAGGACUGGGGAUCCAUGUCUACAGAUUCUGACUUCUCCCUUUCAGCGGCCAUUUCCUCCAUUCUGACUGCAUUGGACUCUACCAUUGAUGGUAGCACUCAGGCAGCGCAACGGACACCCCUCAGGUCCUUGGAGAACAUCUCGGGUCCCUCUGAGAGAGGUUCAGCCGGGUUAAAACAAGGAACCAGAGCUGGGGGUGCGAGCUGGGAGCAGCAGGGAGAGGAAAAGGCGCAGGAAAACAGCGCAGAGGCAGCAAAGUCCAGCUACCUGAACGAUGUCACCAUGGAAGAUCUGUUCCAGGAUGUGGAGGCAUCUCUGCUGGAGAGGGACAUGGGAGGGACGGGGAUCCGUAGCAGCCGAGUUGGAUACCCAGCUGAAGAGGAACUGAUUUGCUAUUUGCCACCUUUUUCUCCUUCAUCUCCCCACCCUUUCUCACUUUCUCUCAACUCAAAUUUGAAGUGUUUACCUUCAUUCUCAUCCUUUAGUCCACUACCUUCCCCCCCCUCGCCAGAAUCGGCAUCCUUCUCCACUCAGAACCAAGCUAGAGAAGGAUUUGAGUUGGAGCAUCUCAUGGAGAUUCUGGUGGAGUCCUGACAAGUUUAUUGAAAAUAAAAAACAAACAUUUCCAUCAUCUAUAAAGUAUCCUCUAACUUAGUGAACUUAACUCAAAAGGCAUAUUAGUAUUUUUCUUUACUUUUAUAUAUUAACUCAAAGAAUAGUGCAUUGUAAUAUUUAGAAAGUAGUAAGGAUGCUCUUGAAAUAGAAAGGGUGUAUGUCCAAGACAGAAAUGAAUCAUUAGGAAGGCCAGCAGGAAACGUUGGCAGUCAAAACUGUGUUUAUAGCAGUAAAGAAUGGGUCAUUUAUCUCAUUGCUAAGCAGUGAAUCAUGAACCAAUAGGUUGCAUUAUGCUUUAAAGCAAGACUGGAACUUGGUGCCGACAGUCAAAGGGAACGUUUAUUAAGCAGUACUGCGACCAGACCAGAAGAUGGCGCCUGUUACUUUUGAACAUUAGGGAAGGUUUAUUCAACCAAGGUCAUGUCAGUUCUGGUCAUGUGAAAUGGCAGAAACACUAACAUCAUUAUGGGUCAGAUCUUCUGUGAAGAAACCAGUUUACAUCAUUAUGACUCAUGUAAAGUCAGGAAGGGGUGCUUUGGAUUGUUUUUGUUUUUUUGGCAGAGUAUGUUGGUCAGCUGUUAAAUGAAAAACAUGUCAAAUGUUACUCUUGGUGAUGAAGUUCUACUUGAUUCUUUUGAGUGUGUGAAGGAAGUUGCAGGUUGUUCUGAAGAGCUCUAUGCACAUGUUCCUUUUUUUUUUUUUAAACACUUGUACAGAAAAAAAAUAAUUGCUGCACUGUUAUUUUAUACAGGAUUUCCUCAGUAGCCUGGCUGUUGCAGCAGCUCGUCUUGGACUGAUCGGUCGGUGUUUAACAUCGAAGGUUUCGGCCAUAUUGGCUCUCCCUAUCCCAGUGGUGCUACCUUCCCUCCUGACAACUGUUUGUUGGUUUUAACGUAUGCUUUUAUAUGGUUUCCUGGAACAAAACAAAAACUUUUGCACUUUUUCAGUGACUGUAUUUGCCUCUACCAUGUUAGUAUUUGUAUUAGUCAAAAGACAAAAUAACAAAAGGUCCAUUCAAUUGCAGUUUUAUUUUUUUCUAUUGUAAAACUUUUCAUGCCUUCUGUUUUAUUUUAACUUUAUUUAGCAUUUAAUCAUGCAUUGUCAAGGUAAAUCGUUUGAGGAUGCACUUGAUUAACUUCUGAUGCGUCUUUUUAUUUUAUUUUUUUUGUAACCUGUAUCCCGUUUAUGGAUUAACGUUGCUUCUAUGCAGAGGUUCUUUGUAAUUUGCUGCCCUGCAGCCUCAAACUAUUUAUAAUCAGUUUGUAAUGUAAACAAGUUUUAUUUAAUGUUGAACCAUAUAGACAAAUCACUAAUGUAUCAAUGAAGUGCCAUGGCAGUAGUUUUAUUUACUUUGUUUUUAAUACUGUGCAUUUAUCCCGUUAGCUGUAGAAAUGGAUGUUAACCUGUGUGGAUCCUCUCAAUAAAAAAGGA